UCUAUGUGCACACACUCUUCCGGUUUGUCAGAAAGAUUAGUAGUAUGACUCGUUCGUCAGCGCUGCACUUCAAAUAUCCCGUCAAAAAGGUGAUUAACGUUUAAAAAAUGACUACUCGCAACCAUUUAUGUUUUAGCAGUUAAUUAGGACGAUAGGUCUAAAUUAAGACUCCUACAAUAGUGUCGCAAAUAGGCUAUAUAAGCUAAGCUACAUGAUAACGUUACCCAGACCAGAGCAGUCUCUCUGUGCUGAGCUGAUUAACUUACAGCAGAGGAAUAGCUGGCUUUCCGCAGGCUGAAACAAACCGGCUUUACCAAAUAUGUCGUGGUUCAAUUAUGUCAGUCGAGGCCUAAAUCAGCAGCAGCAGCAGCAGCCCGCAGACAGCCACAGACUCACGGCCACUGACAUGCUGUCUAGCGCUCACAACUCCAGGCACAGAGGUCCGACAGAGGGAUCACCGACCAUGGUAACACAACACUGGACCGGCUACUCCACUCCCAGCCCGGGGGACUUUCCAUCAGUUUCACAUGGUGUAGUCAGCCCUCCCAGCCUUGGGAACCUGUCCUGCGCUUCUCCGAGUGCAGCUAAGAUGAGAGAGCUGGAGCCCAUAUCCUACGUAAGCCUCCAGGAGCAGCGGUGUGUCCUGAGCUGGUUCCAGGGCUGGAACGCCACUCAGAGGGAGUGCUUCUUGCAGGACCUUCUGGGGAAAGCUGUACCCGGAAAAGUGUGCACCCUCCUAGAUUCACUCAGUACUCUUCAGGUUAAAGACAGACUACCAAACAUCUUUGAAUGCCAGCUGCGCCUGUGGAGCCAGUGGUUUGAGUCUUGGAGAGAAGAGGAGAGGAAUCAUUUCCUGCACAUACUUGAAGAGCAGGACCCAGUUUUCGUCGCUCACUUUUACAGGAGUGUAGCUGGUACAGCAGGAAGAGACUGAGCAAUGUUGGCAUUGUGAUUUAAAAAGCAAGUGAUUACAACAAAGUGUUAAAGAGGU